AUUCCCAAUUGACAAUAACCCUAGCAUUCCCCCUCUCAUUUUCUUACUCUCUCUAGAAAAUCAUUACAGCUCUGCCAUGGCUUCGCGGAGGCUCUUAGCCUCAUUACUCCGUUCCUCCGGCUCCCGUAGCUCUCUAUCGAGAGCUUUGAACUCGGCCCCAAAACCAAAGCACCGGCCAUCUCCUGUGGGCCACUUCCUCCACCGUGUCGCUGAGUAUGCCACCUCCGCUGCCGCUCCUUCCUCUUCGCCAUCCCCGCCCAAAGGAACCAGUGGAGGUCCCAGUGGGAAGAUCACCGAUGAGUUUACCGGGAAAGGUGCGAUCGGAAAGGUGUGCCAGGUUAUCGGUGCUGUGGUUGAUGUGAGGUUUGAUGACGGUUUGCCUCCGAUAUUGACGGCGUUGGAGGUCUUGGAUAAUCAGAUCAGGCUGGUUUUGGAGGUGGCCCAGCACUUGGGUGAGAACGUCGUCAGGUGUAUUGCUAUGGAUGGUACUGAAGGGCUUGUCAGAGGCCAGCGCGUGCUCAAUACUGGCUCCCCCAUCACCGUGCCCGUGGGUAGAGCAACUCUUGGCCGUAUCAUGAAUGUCAUUGGAGAGCCUAUUGAUGAGAAAGGCGAUAUUAAAACCGAUCACUACUUACCAAUUCAUCGUGAAGCUCCCGCCUUUGUGGAGCAAGCAACUGAACAGCAAAUUCUAGUCACUGGUAUCAAGGUUGUCGACCUUCUUGCACCAUACCAAAGAGGAGGAAAGAUUGGACUGUUUGGUGGUGCUGGUGUAGGAAAAACUGUACUUAUCAUGGAACUGAUUAACAAUGUUGCUAAAGCUCAUGGUGGUUUCUCUGUCUUUGCUGGUGUAGGAGAACGAACUCGUGAGGGUAAUGAUUUGUACAGAGAAAUGAUUGAGAGUGGUGUCAUUAAGCUAGGUGAUAAGCAGGCUGAUAGCAAAUGUGCACUAGUCUAUGGUCAAAUGAAUGAGCCCCCUGGUGCUCGUGCCCGUGUUGGACUUACUGGACUGACUGUGGCCGAACAUUUCCGAGAUGCAGAAGGGCAAGAUGUGCUUCUCUUCAUUGACAAUAUUUUCCGAUUUACCCAGGCUAACUCAGAAGUGUCUGCUUUGCUGGGUCGUAUCCCAUCUGCUGUGGGUUAUCAACCUACUUUGGCUACAGAUCUUGGAGGCCUUCAAGAGCGCAUCACAACAACUAAGAAAGGUUCCAUUACCUCUGUCCAAGCCAUAUACGUGCCUGCUGAUGAUUUGACAGAUCCAGCUCCUGCAACCACCUUUGCUCACUUGGAUGCCACAACUGUGUUAUCGCGACAGAUUUCUGAGCUUGGUAUAUAUCCUGCUGUCGAUCCGCUUGACUCAACAUCUCGCAUGCUUUCCCCACAUAUCUUGGGAGAAGAACACUACAACACAGCCCGUGGGGUACAGAAAGUCCUCCAGAACUACAAGAAUCUUCAAGAUAUUAUUGCCAUUCUUGGAAUGGAUGAGCUCAGCGAAGAUGACAAAUUGACUGUUGCACGUGCCCGUAAAAUUCAACGGUUCUUGAGCCAGCCUUUCCAUGUUGCAGAAGUUUUCACGGGUGCCCCUGGCAAAUAUGUUGAGUUGAAGGAGAGCAUUAACAGCUUCCAGGGAGUCCUGGAUGGAAAAUAUGAUGACCUUGCAGAACAGUCAUUUUACAUGGUUGGAGGAAUCGAAGAGGUCAUUGCCAAGGCAGAGAAGAUUGCCAAGGAAUCUUCUGCAUAGAUAGAUUAUUUUUCUCCUCUUGUUCCCUCUACUGUCAAUUACGAAAAUAAUUUUGUUUGUGGCACAUGCCAACAACAGCAGAUUUUUUUUGGGACCAAAUUUCCGGCUUUUGUUUCUAUUUUAUGUCAACGGCAGGAUUGUGCUACAGAUGUGGCGCCAAGAGUCCUUGCCAAGCUCCCUUAUUAUCAUGUGACGUAAUAAUGGAAGGUGAGAUGGAAGACUUGUACAUUUUUUUUCUUUUUUUGAAUUUAUGCUUGGAAUAUUUUAUGCAUUCAUUGUUAUUUGUGGCUAAUUGCCAUCACCCUGGUUUUAGAUCAGCACAUUUCUUCGGACCAGGUGGUUUAACUAGCAAACAUAACAUGAUCUGAUAUUCCCGGCAUUAGGCAAAUAUUCUUUAUUCAGUGUCCCAUGUAUUUCUUGGGAGUAAUUUGAGCUGUUA